AUGGCGUCCGAACCCCAGCAACCUUCGGCCGGCCCGCCUCGCAAGGUUGACGUCUUCACUGGGGACGUCAUCCACCACGACACCUAUCCCGAGAUCAACCCAAAAACGGCUUCCAACUGCACUGGAAAAGCAGUCAUCAUUACCGGCGCAAGCAAAGGGCUUGGGAAGGCAUUAGCAAUCGGCUACGCCGAGGCAGGCGCAUCACUCAUUGCCGUCGCCGCUCGCUCAAAUGUCUCAUCUACUGUCGCCUCCAUCAUCGAGGCCGCAAAGGCUGCUGGGAGGGAAGAGCCAACGGUAUUGGCCCUCGAGAUGGACGUGAGCAGCACGCCGAGCGUAAAGGCGGCCGCAGAGCGACUUACGGCCGAGUGGGGACGCUUGGAUAUCCUGGUCAACAACGCGGGCUACAUGGCUCCCUUCAACUUGCUGCUUGAUGCCGACGACGACGAGUACAUGAAGGCAUGGGAUGUGAAUUACUGGGGCACAUAUCGUGUCACGAAGGCGUUCUUGCCGCUGUUGCUCAAGGGCGGCGACAAGACGAUUGUCAAUAUGUCUUCGGUGGCGGCUCACUUCAUGGGUGCUGGAGGAGGAGCCUAUCACAUUUCCAAAUUUGCGCUGAUACGGUUCACCGAAUUUGUCCAGGAUGAGUAUGUUCGAAUGCGAGAUACCCCAGAGCUUGCUGCCCAUUCUAUCCCGUACCUUACUAGUGUCAAGAGGGAAUGGCUAGGAGGCAGGUGGAUUAGCUGUAUGUGGGAUAUGCCAACCCUCGUAACUAUGGAGAAGAAGAUAGUUGAAGGGAAUCUCCUGAAGUUUGAGUGCAGUGGCUUGUAG